CAGUAAUGGAUCAGAAUCUAUUUGGUGGGGCUCCACGCUUCCUAACUCGACCCAAGGCCUUCUCGCUGAGUGUGGGACGAGACGCCUCCCUCAGUUGCACUAUUGUGGGAAACCCUGUACCUGUAGUAACCUGGGAGAAAGAAAAACUGCGUCUUUCUGCAGGGGGACGCUUCAAAACAGUCGAUGAUGGUGACGUUUACCGACUUACCAUCUACGAUCUAACUCUAGAAGACAGCGGUCAGUACAUGUGUCGUGCCAAGAACAAUGUCGGAGAGGCAUAUGCAGCUGUGACCCUGAAGGUGGGAUUGCCGGAAACUGUGGUAGAUCGUGCUCCAGUGUUUACAGUGAAGCCUGUUUCCACCCGUGUGGGUCUAGGGGGUGAUGUUACCUUCUAUUGUCGUGUGGCAGCCCAUCCAGCACCUAACUUUGACUGGGAAAAGGAUGGCCGCUACCUGGGUGAGACCAACCGCAUCAAGGUAACCUCGGAAAAUGAAUCCAGCUCCUUGAGGAUCCAGAGCGUCAGGAGCUUGGACAGUGGUACCUACACCUGCCGUGUGCAGAACUCCAUGGGCCGCUCUCAGUCCGCUGCCACCCUGGUGGUGGACCUUCAAGAUACUCGUCUCCUGAAUGUAGACAAGAGCACAUCCCUCCUCUCGCAAAUGCAGAAGCGGAAAGAAGAGAUGCGGAAGGAUAUCUCUUUCUACCGCACCAUGGAAAGUUCCUCAACAUCAUCUUCCAAGAUCACAGAGGAACUUGAUCAGGAGCAGAGGGUUUCGGCCUUAACCAGCAUGUUGCCCAAAGGUGUGUUUACCCGAACAUGCACUGUGACCGAGGGUAAACAUGCAAAGCUUAGCUGUUUCGUCACAGGCCAUCCCAAACCUCAGAUCAUCUGGAGGAAGGAUGGGGGGAACAUCAGCGAGGGCCGCAGACAUGUUAUGUAUGAGGACCAGGCUGAGAAUUUCAUCCUCAAGGUGCUCUACUGCAAACAGACCGAUAAUGGGCUAUACACCUGCAAUGCAUCCAACAUGGCUGGACAAACCUAUAGUGCUGUGCUAGUGAUUGUCAAAGAGCCAAAAAUUCCAUUCAAGAGAAAGCUGCAGGAUGUUGAGGUGAAGGAAAAGGAAACGGCAACACUGCAGUGUGAGGUACCAGUGUCGAAUACAAAGGCUAACUGGUUUAUGGAGGAGACCCGUCUGGAGGAAUGCACCAAGUACCGCAUGGAUGUGGAGGGUACCCUGCGCCGCCUCACUAUUCACAAUGUCACCACCAACGAUGAUGCCGUCUAUAUCUGUGAGAUGAAGGAAGGCAGUCGCACCGUGGCCGAACUUACAGUGCUGGGCAAUAUCACUAAAAAGCUGCCGAGGAGGACAGUGGUGCCGGUUAGCGAUACUGUGAUCUUCUGUGUGGAGCUGGAGAAACCAGUAGAUGAUGCAUACUGGACCAGAAAUGGGGAGAAGCUGAAAGAGGACUCUCGAAUUAUUAUCGCCCACAUUAACAGACAGUACACACUGACCAUUCGUGAAUGUACCGCGGAGGACUCCGGCGAGGUGGCCUUCAUCGCCCAUGACUGUAAGACCUCCACCCGCUUCUCUGUCACAGCACCGAGGAAACACCCUCCAGAUCCCCCAGUUGAACCAACGGUGCGGAACAAAACAGAUUCAUCGAUCACACUGUGCUGGUCUCCACCGGACAGUGAGCGGCCUGUGCCCAUCACCGGCUACUUCUUGGAGCGCAGGAAGGUUGGAGCCCAAACCUGGGUUAAAGUCACUAGCACGACUGUGUCUAGCACUGAAUAUACCUUCAGCGAAAUCUCAGAGGAGGCAAGCUAUCAGUUCCGUAUCUCAGCGGUCAAUGAUUUCGGUCAGAGUGCCUACUUGGAGGUUCCUGGAACAUUUUAUCUUGAGCCCACAGCGUCAGUGAAGACAGGCCUGGUGAGCUGCAGUGCACAUGCAGACGAAGAAGCCACCUUCACUGUGGAGCUCUCGAGUGUAUGUUCUGGCUCCUGGACCAUAAAUGACCGAAUGAUCCGCAGUGGAUCUGAGUAUCUGAUCACACGCUCAAAGACCACACACACGCUGGUCAUCAGGGAGGUGUCCAUGGAGCUGAACGGGGCACAGGUCAAGUUUGUGGGUGGCGGAUCUCAAAGCGUUUGCACGCUUACUGUGAAAGCUGCACCUUCACGUUUCACCAGUAAGUCUUCUCAGGUUGAGGUAUUUACUUUCAGCAUGCACUCCUCUGCUCAGAUGCACACAGAAGUGUCCGAUUCAAGUGUCCAGGUUGUUUGGAUGAAAAAUGGGAAGGAGCUGAGGAUGGGUAAAAAAUAUGAAGCCAAAAGUGUGGAGCGCAAACGCAUACUGACAGUCCACAACGUGGACCUUGAGGACGUGGGCAUUUAUGAAUGCAUGUGUGAUGGCGAUAAAAUGUCUGUCCAACUUACCCUUAAAGAAGAACCAACUAAGUUUGUUAACAAGCCGAGGGCUCAGCCCCAGGAGAGUGGCGCUCUGGUGGGUGACGUGGUGUUGAGCUGUGAGGUUGCUUCUCCUGGAACCGCUGUUGUGUGGAAGAAAGAACAGAUAGAAAUAACGGAGGACAAGAGGACAAUUUUUAUGUCUCAAGGGACACAAAGGAAGCUGGUCAUCAGGGGUGCCAAGCAGAGCGAUGAAGGACACUACUCGUGUGAGACGGCAGAGGACAAAAUGACAUUCCUGGUCAAGAUAAAAGAAACUCAGGCUGCUUUCUCCAACAAAGACUCUUAUCAGAAAGAGGUGAAGGUUUCAACUUCCCAGAGGGCCACACUGAGCUGUGAAGUUUCUGAUGCCAAAACUGAGGUGAAAUGGUUUAAGGAUGGCAAGCAGUUGAGCUCCAGUAAGACUGUCCACAUGGAGUCAAAGGGCAAGAGCCGUCAGCUGGUGCUGGAGAACGUGGAGAAGAAGGAUGCUGGAGAAUAUACCUGUGAAGUUGGGAAUGAAAAGCUGGUCUUCAAGAUUCGGGUGGAAGACAUUCAAGCCGCCUUCUCCAACAAGGACUCCUAUCAGAAGGAAGUGAAAGUUUCAUCAUCCCAGAAAGCCACACUGAGCUGUGAAGUUUCUGACCUCAAGACUGAGGUGAAAUGGUUCAAGGAUGGCAAGCAGUUGAGCUCCAGUAAGACUGUCCACAUGGAGUCAAAGGGCAAGAGCCGUCAGCUGGUGCUGGAGAAUGUGGAGAAGAAGGAUGCUGGAGAAUAUACCUGUGAAGUUGGAAAUGAAAAACUGGUCUUUAAUAUUCGGGUGGAAGACAUUCAAGCCGCCUUCUCCAACAAGGACUCCUAUCAGAAGGAAGUGAAAGUUUCAUCAUCCCAGAAAGCCACACUGAGCUGUGAAGUUUCUGACCUCAAGACUGAGGUGAAAUGGUUCAAGGAUGGCAAGCAGUUGAGCUCCAGUAAGACUGUCCACAUGGAGUCAAAGGGCAAGAGCCGUCAGCUGGUGCUGGAGAAUGUGGAAAAGAAAGAUGCUGGAGAAUAUACCUGUGAAGUUGGGAAUGAGAAACUGCUCUUUAAGAUUCAGGUGACAGACAUUCAAGCCGCCUUCUCCAACAAGGACUCCUAUCAGAAGGAAGUGAAAGUUUCAGCAUCCCAGAAAGCCACACUGAGCUGUGAGGUUUCUGACCUCAAGACUGAGGUGAAAUGGUUCAAGGAUGGCAAGCAAUUGAGCUCCAGUAAGACUGUCCACAUGGAGUCAAAGGGCAAGAGCCGUCAGCUGGUGCUGGAGAAUGUGGAGAAAAAGGAUGCUGGAGAAUAUACCUGUGAAGUUGGAAAUGAAAAACUGGUCUUUAAGAUUCGGGUGGAAGACAUUCAAGCCGCCUUCUCCAACAAGGACUCCUAUCAGAAGGAAGUGAAAGUUUCAUCAUCCCAGAAAGCCACACUGAGCUGUGAAGUUUCUGACCUCAAGACUGAGGUGAAAUGGUUCAAGGAUGGCAAGCAGUUGAGCUCCAGUAAGACUGUCCACGUGGAGUCAAAGGGCAAGAGCCGUCAGCUGGUGCUGGAGAACGUGGAGAAGAAGGAUGUUGGAGAAUAUAUCUGUGAAGUUGGAAAUGAGAAACUGCUCUUUAAGAUUCAGGUGACAGACAUUCAAGCCGCCUUCUCCAACAAGGACUCCUAUCAGAAGGAAGUGAAAGUUUCAGCAUCCCAGAAAGCCACACUGAGCUGUGAAGUUUCUGACCUCAAGACUGAGGUGAAAUGGUUCAAGGAUGGCAAGCAGUUGAGCUCCAGUAAGACUGUCCACAUGGAGUCAAAGGGCAAGAGCCGUCAGCUGGUGCUGGAGAAUGUGGAGAAGAAGGAUGCUGGAGAAUAUACCUGUGAAGUUGGAAAUGAAAAACUUGCUUUUAAAAUUCAGGUGACAGACAUUCAAGCUGCCUUCUCCAACAAGAACUCCUAUCAGAAGGAAGUCAAAAUAGCUGCUUCCCAAAAAGCCACACUGAGCUGUGAAGUUUCUGACCUCAAGACUGAGGUGAAAUGGUUUAAGGAUGGAAAGCAGUUAAGCUCCAGUAAGACUGUCCACAUGGAGUCAAAGGGCAAGAGCCGUCAGCUGGUGCUGGAGAACGUGGAGAAGAAGGAUGUUGGAGAAUAUACCUGUGAAGUUGGGAAUGAGAAACUGCACUUUAAGAUUCAGGUGACAGAGCUCAAAACUGGCUUCACCAACAAAGACUCUUAUCAGAAGGAAGUUAAGGUUUCAGCAUCCCAAAAAGCCACACUGAGCUGUGAAGUUUCUGACCUCAAGACUGAGGUGAAAUGGUUCAAAGAUGGCAGGCAGUUGAGCUCCAGUAAGACUGUCCACAUGGAGUCAAAGGGCAAGAGCCGUCAGCUGGUGCUGGAGAACGUGGAGAAGAAGGAUGUUGGAGAAUAUACCUGUGAAGUUGGAAAUGAGAAACUUCUUUUUAUGAUUCAGAUGGAAGAUGUCACUACCAAAUUCCAGAAGACAUCUGUGACAAAAGAAACUGUGAUGGUCGAGUCAACAGAGAAGGUUGUUUUAAAAACCGAGGUGAUGUCAGAGAGUUGUAGUGUUAAGUGGUUCAGGGAUGGAGUGGAACUAAAAGAUGGAUCAAAGUAUGAGAUGAAACAGGAAGGUCGCUCACGUGUCCUAAUUGUUAAGUCCUCUGAAUCCAAAGACAAUGGCACUUAUUACUGCCAGACUCCUGAUGACAAGGUGGAGUUCAAGGUUCAGGUCAAAGAGGCACCUUUAAAAUUUGUGGUGCCAUUGCAACCGGUAUCUGCAGUACUAGAAAGCACCAUGACCCUUUCCUGCACCCUCAACAAAGCCACAGGUAAUGUCCUCUGGAAGCAUAACGGCAAAGAAAUCAAACCGGGCGGCAGAUUCAGCAUCCGCACUGAUAGCACCAACUGCAUCUUGAUCGUCUCUGCUGUGGCUCAGGAGGAUGAAGGGGAGUACAGCUGCGAAUGCAAAGAUGACAAAACCACCACUAAAGUCACCACUAAAGCCCCACGUCUGGUGAGGUUCACUACCAAGCUGAACAAUGUUGUUGCAAAUGAAGGCAAAGAUGCCAUCUUCAAAUGCUCUAUCACACCGAAUGAUGUGAGUGUCAGAUGGCUGCGUAAUGGUGUUCCUAUAACAGCUAGUCCCAAAUUUAAGUUAGCUUUUGGAGGAAGCAGCUACUCCCUCACUAUCAUAGCUGUCACUCAGGAGGACGCAGGAGAGAUCAGUAUCGAUGCCGAUGGGAAAGUGUGCAAGGCCACACUCCAAGUACAAGAGCUUCCUGUCACAUUUAAGAAGAAGCUUGUAGAUGUGACUGUGCAGGAGCAGGACACAGUUCGGUUGGAAGUGGAGCUGAGUAAACCCUCAACAGAUGUGAAGUGGAUGAAGAAUGGUGUGGUUCUACAGCAAGGAGGAAAUCUGGAGAUUCAUGUGGGGGGUGUCAAGCAGACUUUGGUCCUCAAGAGCGUGAUAUAUGCUGACAGAGGACAUUACUCAUGUGAAACCCUAGAUGACAAGACCCAGGCAAAACUGACAGUAGAAAUUAAGAAGAUUCAGGUAGUAAAAGGCCUGAAAGAGGUGAAAGUACAAGAAAAAGAGACCAUCACUAUGGAGGUGGAGCUUAGCAAGGCUGAUGUAGAAGGAUCCUGGAGCAAAGAUGGAAUGAAACUGAAGGCAGGACCCAAUAUCAUCAUUACAGCAUUGGGCAACAAGCACAGCCUGACUAUGUCCCAGCUGAAGAUAAGCGAUGGUGGAUCUAUUACCUUUCAAGCUGAGGAUGUCCAUACUUCUGGAAAACUAAUUGUUACAGAGCCAGCUGCGAAGAUCAUCAAACCCCUACGGGAUAUCGUUUCUCCUGAAAAGGAGAAAGUCACAUUUGAAUGUGAAGUAUCAAGAGCAAAUGCUGAUGUCAAGUGGUUUAAGGAUGAUGAGGAACUAAAGCCAGGAAAGAAAUUUGGCAUUCAAUCCCAGGCCAACAAGCGCACCCUCCUCAUCCACAAGUGUGCGUAUGAGGACCAGGGCCAGUAUAUGUGUAGAACAACAGAUGACAAUACUUCAGCAAAGCUCACGGUUAAUGCCCGAGAUAUUAAAAUAGUAAAGCCACUGCAGGACACAGAGGUGACCGAGAAGGAGAGUGCAACAUUUGUUUGUGAGGUCUCUCACGAUGAAGUAGAGGCUCAGUGGCACAAAGGGGAUGCCAAGCUCAAAGCCGGAGACAACAUCAAGAUGAGGCAGGAGGGAAGAACAUACGUACUACUUUUCAAAUCUGUAAAGGCUGAGGAUGCUGGUGAAAUCAAGUUCACAGCUGAGAAGGCCUCUUCAACCGCUAAACUAAAGGUUAAAGAACUGCCUGUCAGAUUUGUGAAGAAACUGAGAGACAAAAUCGCCAUGUUCAAACACCGCGCAUACUUAGAGUGUCAGGUGUCACGGGCCAGUGCUAAAGUCACAUGGUACAAGAACAAGUCGGAGCUCAAACCCAGCGAGAAGCACGAGAUCACUAGUGAGGACAUCUACAGGAAGCUCACCAUCAUCGACGUGGACUCUGAUGAUGAGGACACAUACAUGUGUGACGCCAUUGAUGAUAAGACUUCAUGUCAGCUACUAGUAGAGGAGCAGGCUAUCAGCAUAGUACGGGAGCUGAGUUCUGUGGAGGUAACUGAGCCAUUUGCCGCCCACUUUGAAGUUGAAGUCAGCGUGGAGACAGUCAAACCAGUGAAGUGGAUGCUGAAUGGGGAACAGCUGAAGGAGAGCGCAGAUAUCGAGAUGGAGAAAGAGGGAACCAUGCACCACCUCACUUUUAAGAAGACCAAAGCCUCCAUGUCAGGCCCAGUACAGUUCACAGCCGGAAAGAGCAAAUCAACAGCUGAGCUCAAAGUGAAAGAGCGUCCCAUUGAAGUCCUUGAACCUGUCAAGGAUGUGUCAGCCAAGGAGAAGACUUCCACCACACUGUGCUGCAAGUUCUCUGCCCCACCAAAAGAAGUGCAGUGGUUUAAGGGUCAAACUGCUUUGGAGGCUUCUAGCAAGUACAGCAUGAAGCAAAAGGACGCCAAUGUGCAGCUGAUUAUACAAGCUUUGAGUGCAGAGGACUCUGGAGAGUAUCGCUGUCAGGUCGGGGUCUGUGAGAGCAAAGCCGUUCUCAAAGUAGAAGUGCGUAAAAUCCAGAUCACCAAACAUCUGACAGAUGUUGAGGUGGAUGAAGAUGGUGAUGCUGUGUUCACCUGUGAGGUUAACUAUGCUGAUGAAGAAGUCCAAUGGACGCUCAAUGACAAGCUGCUGUUCAACAAUGAAGUCAAUACCAUCACCCAUGUGGAUAAGACCCAUACACUCUCUCUCAAGAACCUAGCACCUGAGGAUGGUGGGAAGGUGUCAUUCAGCGUAAGGGAUGUAAAAGAAACAGUAUGCUUGAAGGUCAAAGAAAAGAAAGCUGUAUUCCUGAAGUUGCUAGAUGAUGUAGUUGCAGAGGAGAAGGGAACAGUGACCCUUAAGUGUGAAGCCUCAAAGCCCAGAGUGGCCCCUGUGUGGUGCAAAGAUGGUACAGUCUUGUCUGCAGGCAAAAAAUACGAGCUCCUCCAUGAUGGUAAGUCCUUGGGACUGACUAUCCACGACGUCAUGCAAGCUGACGCUGGGGAGUACAGCUGUGAUCUUGGCACGGACCUCUCCAAGUCCAAGGUCACUGUUAGAGAUAUCCACAUCGGGAUAACCAAGCGUCUUAAGUCGAUAGAGGCCAAAGCAGGUGAAAACUGCACAUUUGAGUGUAUAUUGUCCCGGGAAAGCUCAGAGCAGUGCUCCUGGAGCUUAAAAGGCCAACCUGUCACUGAUGGAGGCCGUUUCCAGAUAAGCAGCAAAGGGCGCAAGUAUACCUUAACAAUUAAAUCAGUCUCAGCUUCUGAUUCUGGUGAGGUGGUCUUCACUCUCAAAGAUUUGAGCUCAAAGGCAACACUUUCUAUUGAGGGUGAAGUUCCUACCAUAUCUAAAGAGCUUCAGGGUGUUAGUGCCAAAAUUGGUGAAGAUGCCGUAUUCUCCUGUGAGCUUUCUCAAUGUGGCCUGGAAGUGAAGUGGUCCAAGGAUGGCAAGUCUAUCAGAAAGAGCCAAAAAUAUGAAAUCAGUCAGGAGCAGAUGCUCAUAAAGUUGACUAUCCACAACGUCACUGACAAAGACUCUGGAGAAUACAGCUGCGAGGUCACCGGUGGUCCAACCUCCAAGGCUAAACUGGAGAUCAAAGAACUGGCCAACAAAUUCAUUUGUGAGCUAAAGGAUGCCACGGCAGAAGAGAAUAGUGCUGUAUUCUUUGAAUGUGAAACCGCCCAUCCUGCCUCUAAAGUCACCUGGCUGAAAGGAACAAAGGAGAUCAAGGCUGGAGGAAGGUAUGAGCUGACGCAGAAGGGAACCGUCCUCAUCCUCAACAUUAAGGAUCUAGAGAAGAGUGACAGCGAGGUAUACACCUGUGACAUUGGCUCUACAAAGAGUACAGCCAAAUUGACAGUGAAAGUGGUGCCUGCCAGGUUCAAGGGGCAGAUGAAGAACCAGCAGGUUACCGAAGCCGGGAAAGUUUUACUUUCCUGCGAGCUCUCAAAACCUGGCUGCCAAGUGCAAUGGAAGAAGGGAACUGAAAAUGUGAAACAAGGGGGAAGAUAUCAGAUAACGCAGAGGGACACCAUGUUUGAGCUACAGAUUUCAGAUGUAGUUACUGAGGACAGUGGAGAAUAUUCAUGUGAAUGUGGAAACGAGAAAACAACAGCAAGUGUUGUUGUCAGUGCAUUACCGGCUGUCUUCAAACGUGAGUUACAAAGCCAAGAGUGUGAAGAAGGAGACAGUCUUACUCUUCACUGUGAACUCUCAAAAUCUGGGGUUCCACUAGUUUGGAAGAAAGGAACGCAGGUACUUCAUUCUGGGGAAAAGUACCUUAUAAAGCAAGAUGCAGCUACUUUUGAGUUGAAGAUUGCUGACCUCAAAUCUGAAGAUGCUGGACAAUACACAUGUUUGUGUGGGGACAGAAAGACUACGGCAAACAUUAAGAUCAACGCUCUACCCCUGAUCUUCAAACGAGAACUACAAAACCAGGAGUGUCAAGAAAUGGACAGUGUUACUCUUCAAUGUGAGCUUUCCAAACAAGGAGUGCCUGUGGUUUGGAGGAAAGGAACACAGGUGAUCCAUUCCGGAGAGAAAUACCACAUCAAGCAAGUUGGGUCUACUUUCGAGCUGAAGAUCACUGAUGUCAACCCUGAAGAUGCUGGAGUCUAUAGUUGUAAUUGUGGGAUUAACAAGACCUCAUCUACCAUUACCGUCAAUGCAUUACCAGUGGUCUUCACACAUGAGCUUCAGAACCUAGAGUGUGAUGAAGGAGGCAGUGCUACUCUGUCUUGCGAGCUUUCCAAACCUGGCAUCUCUGUGCAGUGGAAAAAAGGAAGCCAUGUUAUCCAGUCUGGAGGAAAGUACAUCAUCAGGCAGAUUGCCUCAAAGGUGGAGCUGAAGAUCACUGAUCUCAAAUGUGAAGAUGAAGGAGACUACACCUGUGUGUGUGGUGAUAAGACAACCACAGCUAAUAUGAAGAUCAAGGCUCGCCCAGUUCAGUUUACGCAAGAACUCUUAAACCAAGCGUGUGAUGAAGAUGACAGUGUUACUCUGCACUGUGAACUCUCAAAAACUGGAGUUCCUGUGAUUUGGAGGAAAGGAACACAUGUGAUCCAUUCUGGAGGGAAGUACCUCAUCAAACAAGUUGGGGCUACUGUUGAGUUGAAGAUCAUUGAUGUUAAACCUGAAGAUGCUGGAGACUAUGCUUGUGAUUGCGGAGACAGCAUCACCACCGCUAACAUCAAAGUCAAUGCACUACCAGUGGUCUUCAAAGAUGAGCUACAGAAUCAAGAGAUUCAAGAGAAGGACAGUGUUAUUUUGCACUGUAAACUCUCAAAACCUGGAGUUCCUGUGAUUUGGAGGAAAGGAACUCAGGUGAUCCACUCUGGAGGAAAGUAUCUCAUCAAACAAGUUGGUUCUACUGUUGAACUGAAGAUCACUGAUGUCAAACCUGAAGAUUCUGGAGACUAUGUUUGUGAUUGCGGAGACGGCAUGACAACUGCCAACAUCAAGGUUAAUGCUCUUCCAGCCAUCUUCACAAAAGAGAUGCAGAACCAGACAGCCAUUGAAGGAGAGAGCAUCAUCUUCCAAUGUGAGCUCUCCAAACCUGCAGUUCCUGUGGUUUGGAGGAAAGGAACUCAGGUGAUCCACUCUGGGGGAAAGUAUCUCAUCAAACAAGUUGGCUCUACUGUUGAGCUGAAGAUCACUGAUGUCAAACCUGAAGAUACUGGCGACUAUGCUUGUGAUUGUGGAGACAGCAUUACAACUGCCAAUGUCAAGGUUAACGCACUUCCAGCCAUCUUCACACAAGCACUGAAGAACCAGACAGCUGUUGAGGGAGAGAGCAUCCGCUUCCAGUGUGAACUCUCCAAAGCAGACAUUCCAGUUGAGUGGCGAAGGGGUGAAAUUGGUCUAUGCCCCUGUGCUAAAUAUGAAUUUAAGCAAGAUGGUCACCAUGCACAACUUGUCAUAAAUUACCUUGAACCUGAAGACUCUGGUGACUAUAUUUGUGAUACCGGAGAUCGCCAAAGCACUGCAUAUUUGGAAGUCAAGGCACUGCCAGUUCUUAUCAAGUCAUCACUGAAAGAUUUGGAUACUGAGGCUGGGGAAAAUGCAGUGUUUCGAUGCGAACUUGCGAAACCUGGAGCCAAAGUCAUCUGGAGGAAAGACAAGAGUGUAAUAGAAGCAAGCAACAAAUGUCAGCUGAAGCAAGAUGGAGCUGUUGCUGAGCUUAUUAUUUACAAGCUACAGGGAGGAGACUCUGGAGAAUACUCGUGUGAGACAGAACAUGAUCGGACAUCUGCCAAACUCACCGUGAAGGAACCUGAAAUCACAAUCUUAACUGGCUUGAAGAGCUGCAUUGUCAAUGAAGGCGAGGACGUUCAUUUCGAAUGCCUUGUCUCUCAUGAUAAUGCACUCAUUGUUCAGUGGACACUGCAAGACGUCCCACUACAGAACAAUGAGAUAAAUGAAAUCCGAAUGAAAGGCAAAAGGCACACACUCACACUAAGAAGUGUCACCCAGAAAGACUCUGGCACGGUGUCCUUCCAUGUGGGUGCCCACACUUCUUUUGCUUGUCUAACAGUCAGAGAAAUCCCCGUGCUGUCAUUUUCGAAGGAGUUGACAAGCCAGGAAGUCACAGAGGGAGGCAGUGCCUCAUUAUGCUGUGAAACUUCAAUCCCUGGUGCCAAUGUGACCUGGAAGAAGGGCACUCAGUUCCUAUCUGAUGGAAAGAAAUAUUCCAUAAAGAGGGAUGGCACAAUCCAAACCUUGGAGAUCCUUAAGCUAUCAGUGGAAGAUGGUGGCGAGUACAUAUGCGAAGCAGGAGACAAACGAAGCAAAGCCACAUUAACUGUCAAAGAAUGUGUUAAAAUCACACGAGAAUUAAAGGAUGUGACUGUGAUAACAGGCGAGGAUGCUAACUUCAAGUGUGAGGUGUCCCAAACAGGGGUUACGAAUGUUGAGUGGUGGCUCGGCUCCAACCACCUUCAAAACAAUGACUUAAAUCAAAUCAGCACCCAAGGAAGGGAACACAGCCUAGUGCUGAAAAUGGUCACACCCGAUGAUUCAGGUGAUGUAGCCUUUGUGGUUGGCCCUGAGAAGAGUGUUGCCUACUUGAUGGUGCAGGAGAAACCCAAAGUCGUAUUCUUAGAGAAGCCUCUGGACUUGACUGCCAAAGAGGGUCAAACAGUCACACUGUCCUGCAUGACUUCCGACCCUGAGGCCUCUGUCACCUGGUACAAAGAUCAGGAGAUGAUAAAGGCAGGGGGCAGGUAUCUGCUCUACAAGGAUAGAGCCGUCCAUCAGCUCCGCAUCCUUAGGGUGGAGGAAGGGGAUGCAGGGGUGUAUACAUGCAAAACCAAAGAUGCAGAAAGCUGCGCCACCCUUACUGUAAAAGGUCAACCUGCAUACUUCCAGAAGGAGUUAGAGAACCAGAAUGCAAUAGAGGGAGAUAGUAUCACAUUGCGCUGUGAACUUUCUAAACUAGUUAAAAGUGUAGAGUGGAGAAAGGGUGGAGUGGUGCUCCAACCCAGUAAGAAAUUUGAGAUGAAACAGGAAGGAUGUGUGCUGGAGCUCCAUGUCCAUGAUCUGGAACCAGAGGACAAUGGCUACUACACUUGUGAUGCUGGAGACCAGUUGACCACAGCAUCAGUCACACUGCAAGAGGUUGAGGUCCUCAUAGUGUCGGGUAUAAAGAAUACAGAUGUGUUUGUGGGCGAACAGGCAAUUUUCUCCUCCCAGCUCUCUCGCCGUGCCAAAGGCAGAGUUCAGUGGUGGCUAGAUGGCACUCGUUUGGAGAACAGUACCUUCAGUGAAAUAAGUGUGGGUGAAGACCAUGUCCACACUCUCACCCUAAGGAACCUUUCUCCCAAUGAUUCGGGUACAGUCCUGUUCAAAACAGGUGGCCUGUCAUCCUCCGCCAAACUGUUAGUGAAAGAUCCCAAUGUGGAGGUGGUCAGUGCAAUGGAGGACCAACACGUAGCAGAGAAUCAGCCUGCAGAGUUCAUCUGUCAGUAUUCCCGGCCAGUCAAGGCCAUAUGGAAGCGAAACGGCAUACCUGUGCAAGCAGAUGGUCGCAGGGUAAUAGUGGAACAGGACUGGACUGUUGCAAGGUUGUACAUUAGCUGUGUGGAGCCCCAGGAUGGGGGGAUGUACUCCUGUGAGGCAGAAGGAACCUCUGUUGUGGCACAUCUCAGGGUGCAAGCUAAACCCAUUGACAUUCUCCAAGAGCUGAGUAACAUGGAAACCAUUAGUGGUGGUGAAGCACUUUUUGAAUGCGCCUUGUCACGUCCUGAAACCAAAGACUGCCGGUGGUUAGUCGAUGGCAAGCCUGUAAAGGAGUCGGCAAAUGUAGAGAUUGUUUCCUUUGAGAGUGGCCGACGGCAUCUUCUGCUCUUAAAAGACUUGCAUUCUUGUGAAAACACAAGGGUUACAUUCCAAGCUGGUACUUCAUCAACUACUGCUCUUCUGUCUGUCAAAGCUUGGCAACUGGAGGUGGUCAAGCCUUUGGAAGAUAAGACCGCCAUUGCAGGAGAACAAGUUGAGUUCACGUGUGCUUUGAAUGAAGCUGUGCCUGAGAGUGAAGUGACUUGGUAUGCAAAUGGUGUUGAGCUUCAACAUAAUGACCAAUGGGCCAUGAGAGCCAGUGGCUCUUCCUACAGCCUCAUUUUGAAGAAAGCCCAGGCUCAACCCACACAGGAAAUCACAUUUGCAGCGAGGGAUGCAUUAUCCAUGGCCAAACUCACCACAAUUGCUGUGCCUGAUCCCCCUGAGGAUCCAGAGCUGGUGAGUAAAGGCCCAACGUCCGUUACCUUGUCUUGGUUCACCCCUCUCAAUGAUGGAGGAAGCCCAAUCAUUGGUUAUCGUGUGGAAAUGCGUCUAGUGGACAGUGUCCUCUGGCUGCCCUGCCACACAGAACCAGUGUGCAAUACUGAAUUUCUGGUUGAAAACCUCAUACCGGGGGCAGGUUACAGAUUCAGAGUCGCAGCCAUUAACCGUGCUGGCAUUGGAGAGCCUGUCCAGCUGCCUCAAACUGUGACGAUUGAUGCACCAGUGACCAUGACCAAAAUGUUAACCAGCUCUAAGCUCCAAAAAGGAAAGAUGGUUCGUUUGGAGUGUGAACUUUCUGCAGAAAGUAAAUCAGUCACAUGGCACAAGGACAACAGAGAGAUAGAGGUUGGGGCCAAGUACCAAGUGGUAGAAGAGGGCAAGAGCCAAGUUUUGCUCAUUAAGGAUUUCCAGUCUACAGACCAGGGUGUCUAUUGUUGUGUUGGCUCAAAUGAGGCAAAGACUUCAGUCAACCUCAACCUCGAAGGAGAUGGUACAACACUUUUUCAGGAUGCAGGCAGCCAGCCCAAACUGCCUCCUGAAGCUGCUUCUGAGGGAGAUCUACAUGCUUUGUGGGAGGCAGUGGCCAAGAAGAGGAGAAUGAGUCGGGAACCCACAUUAGAUUCAAUUUCAGAAUUACCAGAAGAAGAUGGUAAAGAAAAGGUACAAAACAAAGAAGAAAAAGUUCUUGAAAAAGAAGUGAAAGAGAAAGAGAGACCCGUUGAGCCAGCUCCCAAAAUCAAAGUAGAGCCUAAUCUCUAUACCAGUUCUGAUGAGGAAUCUCUCAGUGGGACAACAAGCUUGGUGUCUUACCUCAAAAAAACCAGCAAUUCCUCGAUGACUGUGGAAAGUCAUACUGAGACCAUUGCCUCCAACAAACUGUUUGAGCACUUUCAGAUGACUGAGCGAUCUGUUACAAAGACAUCUGUGGAGCCCCUCAUGGAAGCUCAGAAAGGGGAUGAGUUGCUAGAUGCUGCUGUCAAGAUUCAGGCAGCCUUCAAAGGUUAUAAAGCCAGAAAGGACAUGCGACCAGUCUUCAAAGAAGUAUUCAAAGAGCAGACGAAGGAGCCCAAUGGGACAAUUCAUCUUGAGUGCAUUGUGGAGGGUAAGCCAGAUAAAGUUCGCUGGCUAAAGGAUGGUGAACCCUUAAUAGAUGGCAAGCACCACCAUAUUGAUAUCUAUAAUGAUGGUACCUGCUCUCUAGUAGUGACAGCUGCCACAACCAAAGACACAGGUGUAUAUACUUGUGAAGUCACCAAUAAGUUUGGCAUUUCCACCCAUAGUGGUAAAGUCACCAUAGGGUCAAUGCGGGAAUCUUCUGGGCGACGACCCCUCACUCUGGGCUACAGUGCAGAUAGUGAAGCUGAGAGCUCCUCGGGGAGUGAGAUGGACGAGACUUUACGUCAGGCAAGUAAGCGAUUGCGGCGACUUCUUCGUACUCGCCUUCCUCCAGAUGUGGAGGAGGAACCUUUUUUGAGUGCGGAUGAAGGAGAUUUACCGCCACCGGAUCUACAGUCUUACCGGGAAGACGAUCAGUAUAUCUACAUCCGCUUUGAUAACCGUGCAGAAGCUCAAGUGGCUUCCCAGCGCUUCCAGGAAAUGUUUACUUAUCAAGGAGUGCCCAUCGAAACGAUCAUCAUAGCAGCAGCAGGUUCUAAGGUAGAGCUGCGUAUCACAAAGAUGGGCGUCUCCCAAGAUGGCUCCCAAACCCCAACUCAGGACCAACCGAUGCCUGCUUUCAUGACAGGAACCCCUGCGGCCCCCGUCUUCCUGACGGAGCUUCGUAGCCAGGAUGUUCCUGAUGGAUUUCCAGUCAGUUUUGACUGUGUAAUUGUUGGCAAACACCCUCACACUGUGCGAUGGUUCAAGGAUGGAAAGCUGUUGGAGGAAAACGACCACUACAUGAUCAAUGAAGACCAGGAAGGUCGUCACCAGCUGAUCAUCACAGCUGUGCUUCCCACAGAUAUGGGCGUAUAUCGAUGCAUGGCUGAAAAUGACAGUGGCAUCGCCUCCAGCAAGGCUGAGCUGAGAGUGGACAUGUCUUGCAGCUCAGACUAUGACACAGCAGCUGAUGCCACAGAGACGUCUUCCUAUGUCAGUGCUAAAGGCUAUGUGUCUAGCUCGGAGCACAGGGACACAGAGGCUUUUGAGUCUGUGGCAGAGGACGAGCAGCUUCCUCAGGUUUUGGAUGAGUUGCACGAUUUAUUCCUCAGUCCUGGAGCACCCAUUGCCAAAAUGAGUGUUAGGGUCAAAGGAUUUCCCACACCAAGAGUUUACUGGUUCAAAGAUGGCACCCCACUUCAAGCCUCCAGCAGAAUUGUAUUGUCAACCGAGCGAGAUCAGCACAGUCUUGAGAUUUUGGAUGUUAAGCGGGAGGACACCGGAGAAUACUCAGCAUACAUUAGCAAUAUAGCUGGAUCUGCCUACUCUUCAGCACGACUGAAUGUACUGGCUCCUGGAGAGCGCCCAGCACCUGAACAGGGACGAAUGAGAGAUUCAAAGGUGCCACUUGUGCCACCACGCUUCCUGGAGAGGUUCAGCAACAAGAAGGUGAAACAGGGAGCAAGUAUAACGCUGUCAGUCAAAGUGGAAGGUUCCCCAACCCCAUCUGUGAACUGGUUAAAGGAAGUGUCAGAUAAGGAUGUUUUGUGGAUCAAGGCAGACACACCAGGUUACAAGGUGGCCAGCUCUGGCCGUCAGCAUAGUCUAAUCCUUAUGGAAGUGGAAAAAAAUCAUGGUGGCAUGUACACUUGCAUAGCCACCAACCGUGCUGGACAGUCGGUUAACACAGCCCGGCUGGAUGUGGAGACAGCACCAGAGCAAAUGAGCAAAGUGGGGCCAGAGGUUCUGGGAAUUACUAUUAGCCCACCGGAGGAAGCGGCCAAAGGAGAGAUCAAACGACCUUACAUGGGUGAAGUGGGUACAGAGGAAUUCUUACAAAAACUCACAACCCAAAUCACUGAAAUGGUAUCUGCCAAGUUCACCCAAGACAGCUUACAGAACCACCAAGUGCUCCAGUGGAUGAAAUCUUGGCCCAAAGUAACCACUUCAUUACGUGUCCCAGGAGCUGACAGUGAUGAUGAAACAAAAACACCAUCACCAUCUCCAUAUCACGGCCGAUCACGUCCUACAUCUCUCAUCGCAGACUCAUCUUCUGAAUCGGAUGAAGGAGAUGCCAGGGGAGAGAUGUUUGAUAUCUACGUGGUGACAGCUGAUUACAACCCCAUGGGUGUCAGUAAAGAUACCAUCGCUCUGAAAGAGGGCCAGUAUGUGGAGGUUCUGGACUCUGCCCACCCACUUAAAUGGCUGGUCCGUACCAAGCCUACCAAAUCCAACCCGUCUCGCCAGGGAUGGGUCUCACCUGCGUAUCUUGACAAAAGACUGAAGCUGUCUGCAGAUGUAGCAGACCUCCCAGAGACCACCAGAGAGGAAGUCUCCGAGACAGAGUACAAGAAGAAACUCUGUCAACUUGUUCAGGAGCUGAUCAACACAGAGACUGAGUUUCUGAAGGAGAUUGAGUUUUUCACAUCACACCAUCUGAAGCGCGUGGAUGAGGAGAGCACACCACCUGAUAUCGCCAGCCAGAAGGAAACCAUCUUCCGUAAUAUCAGUGAUUUAAAAUCCUUCCACAGCAGCUCUUUGCUGCCCGGUCUGCGUGAUUGUGACACUGAUGAUGACAUUGCCAUGCAUUUCUUAAGAAACUCUGAAGGUUUUGAGAAAUAUCUACAGUACCUCAUUGGACAGUCACAGGCUGAGUCCGCCAUCAGUGAGAAAGAAGUGCACCAAUAUUUCAAGAAUUAUACAGUCUCAGAGUUGGCAAAUGUCGACCCCUCAGAGUGUCCAGUGCUCAGUAUCAAUGCUUAUCUUCAGAAACCACCAGAGAGAAUUCUAAAGUACAGGGCUUUACUGAAGGAAUUGAUCCGGAACAAAGCAAAGAACGGUCAGAACUGCUGUUUGUUGGAGCAGGCCUAUGCAAUGGUGUCAUCCCUCUCCCAGCGCUCAGAGAACACACACCAUGUGUCUCUCAUAGAGAACUACCCCGCCAAUCUGGAGGCGUUGGGAGAACCUAUUAGACAGGGGCCUUUCACUGUUUGGGAAGGAGCUCCUGGAGUUCGAUCAUCUUCCAGAGGUCACCACCGCCAUGUUUUCCUCUUCAAAAACCAUGUGGUCAUCUGCAAGCAGAAGAGAGACACAAAUAUGGACACCCAAACAUAUGUGUUUAAGAAUAUGAUGAAGCUCACAAACAUUGACGUGAACGACACUGUGGAGGGAGAUGAGAGAGCAUUUGAGAUCUGGCAUGAGCGUGAGGACUCUGUGAGAAAAUACACUCUGCAGGCACGGACUGUCAUCAUCAAGAACUCAUGGCUCCGUGACCUCCGUGACCUUCAGCAGCGGUUCAGCAUGCCAGCGUGGAGCCUUCCAGAUUUCGACUCAGUGUUGACAGACUUAACAGCAGAGCUUGGACAGACAGUAAAGCUCGCCUGCAAGGUCACUGGUGCCCCAAAACCACAUGUCACCUGGUACAAAGACGGGCGAGCUGUGGAAGCGGAUCCUCAUCACAUCAUCAUUGAGGACCCAGACGGCUCUUGCACACUCAUAUUGGACAACAUGACGGCAGACGACUCUGGCCAGUACAUGUGCUUCGCCACCAGCUCUGCGGGCAACGCCAGCACACUAGGCAAAAUCACAGUGCAGGUACCUCCACGUUUUGUGAAUAAGAUCCGGAACGCCACACUCUUUCCAGGAGAAGAUGCUCAGUUCACCUGCACCAUUCAGAGUGCACCAAGUCCCAAGAUAAGAUGGUUUAAGGAUGGUAAACUACUGACAGACCAGGAGAAGUUUCAGACAUACACUGAAUCACGCAGUGGAGUGUUGGUUCUAGUUAUCAAGAACCCUGGAGAAAGAGACCUCGGACACUAUGAUUGUGAGCUGUCAAACCGUCUGGGCAGUGCCAGGUGUGCGGCACAGCUGAUCACUCCUGCUGUGGCAAGGGCUGGAGAACGUAGAGCAGAUCAGGCCAUCACUAUAGAAGUAACGGAACAAGAGACGAAAAUACCGAAGAAAACCAUAAUUAUCGAGGAGACCAUCACCACAGUGGUAAAGAACACUCGUAUGAAACGCCACGCGUCCCCAAGACCAUCACCCAUGGGAGCUUACCGCUCAGAGACGUCCACUCCCGAACCGCCCAGACAGAGACGAACCCUGGCCAGGAAGACUGUCCCGACACUGUACGUUCAAGAUCCAGAGGGUGCCACGGCCAGGAACCCAAGAUGGGUGGAAGUCGAGGAAACAAUCGAGUAUAAAGUGAACAAAUCACCCAAGUUACCAAGGAGAAGGGGCGUUUCCCCCGGCAAGUUGUCACCACCUGGCAAUCCAAACACUAAUAACUCCAACAACAAGUUAGUAGAGGAGACAAUGGGUGCCGAAAUGCUUCUACAAGCAUCUUCUGGUACUGAUGAAGAGGAAACUGUGCAGAAUGUGUCUGAGGUUGACAAUCUGACAAUAUACCCAACCGUUACAGCAGAUAUUAGUGACCCAUGUGUCUUGGUUGACUCUGAUGAAGACGAGGAGGGAACCAUUGUCCUGGAGCCCGAAGACGACGAACUUGGUGCCCGAGACUGCAAAAUACUGACUGAUGGCAAUCGAGUUCUUACUCUUGAAGACCUCGAGGACUACGUCCCUCAGGAAGGUGAGACUUUCGGCAGCCGUACGGACCGUCAUGUCCCUGUUGAGAAGCCAAGUGAGAUCUCGGUGUUGCAGAGAGAAAUAAACGAGUCUGUCAUUGGAAAACCCAUUCUGCUGCACGUGGGACGUCCAGUGGCAUCCGCAAAGCCUCGCAUGGGUUUCUUCGGAUCCUUCAAGGAACAUAUUUCCAGCAUGUUUACUCCAGGUUCAUCAGUGAGCAGCAGCUCUCGGCCAAGGCGAGAGAAGACCAUACCUAUUCAUGUGACCGAAGACCCUUCAUCCAACGGUUCACCGCAUCCCGGUAGCUUUGCGAGGUUUGACGUCCAGCCGACGUACUGCUCCGAGGUCCAGAGAGGAAAGGAGGGAGGUCUGCAGAGCUUCAAAACGCAAGUGUCCGCACAAACCUGCAGCUACACACCAACCGGACAAGUCACUCUUCAGAUCAGCGAGAAGAAGCCAGUUGAAAAGCAGUAAUCGAGAGGAAUAGAAUCUUCGAAGCUCGUUUCCGGCAUGCAAAAUCAGGACAUAGAGUAGCCCGAGUCUUAAAUGGGAACGCUUCUGUAAAAUCUUGCAGUCUAAUUCAAUCGCAAAGCUUCUGGAUCAUUCCAUGUUGAGGCGACACUUUUUGCAUAGGAUUCACUUGCCAAACUCGAUGCCUUUAUAUCCUACCUAAUGAAGACUUUCUAAUUACUUGAGUUCCUGUGAGCGUGAAAUCAAAUGUGCAGCUGCGCUUGGGAACUGCAAGUUUAACAUGAAUGUGCAAAAUAUGGACAGUACAGCUGUCUUUUUGUCUAAAGGACAUACUAAGAAAUACAC